AUGGAAAGGUGUGAUUGGUUGUUGCCAGCUUCUAUGAACAAGGGGAGAUCUGGUCGUGGGGUUUCAGAAACAGCUGACAAAUUGGGGAAACACUUUUUGUUGGCUUAUGGGUUGGUUGAGGUGAGUGCAAAGUCAUACAAAGGUUCUCUGUUCAAUGCAUUUGGAAACUUUCAAGUUCGUGGCUUACCAGAGAUGUAUUUCAUUGAAGAGAAUGAUGAAAAGGAGAUUAAGAAAAUCUCAGGACGUGAUGAAAAUGAACAGAAGUAA